CCUGCUAUAGCCCCUGUGCCUAUCUGCUACUUGGACAUAGCUUGUGAGCAGCUGCGGAGGUUCGUGGACAUUCCUUUGCAACGAUGAAUCUGAAAAUGCUCCUCAUCCUUCUCCUGCUGUCUCUGGCCACUAUUUUUGUCUUAGUGUGUGUCUUGCUGACUUGGAAGGAGAACCCUACCCUCUGUGGUGUCGAGCCACAGGCUUUCCUGAAGGAAAGACACAACAACCAGAGUUUGGUAUUUGCUGGCCUGUCAGCAGAAGAGAUGGUCCAGGUGGUAAGGUAUCUCCAGUCCCACCUGGGUGUGCAAUUGGUAGAUGCUUAUCAUGCCAGCCCUUCUGAUAAUUGCAUUUACUACCUGGAUGUGCAGCUUCCACACAAAGAUGAAGUGCUGAAGUUCCUUGAUCAUGGGGGGACGUGCCCCACUCGACAGGCACUGGCUGUGGUGUACUUUGGAAGCCAGUCAGAUCCAAAUAUCACAGAGUAUGUGGUGGGCCCGCUCCCAGUGCCGACAUAUCAUCAGGAUGUGACAGUCCAAAAGUAUGGUGGGAAAUUACCCUACCACCGCAGAACAGUGCUGGGUAAUGAAUAUGAACAGAUUGGAAAAUUCUUAUUGGAGGAAAAAUUUCUUGAGGCACCCACUUUUAUGGACAAGGUAUUUGGACAUAAUGGGAGCAACUUUGCAGGUCUCACAUCAGCUCCUCGGGGGUUCCAGUCUGGAGAUCGUGCCACUUGGUUUGUCUUGUUCCAGAACGUACCUGGCUUCUUCCUGCACCCUGUGGGAAUGGAGCUGUUGGUUGACCACAGCAGUCUGAACGUCUCUCAAUGGAGUGUGCCAAAAGUCUUUUACAACGGCCAGUACUACAAUGGCUUGGCAGAGCUGGAAAGAGCAUUCCUAGAGAAGCAUGUGCGUGUAGAGAAGAUGAAGACAGUGUCCUCUGAUGGGGGGGCUUCCUCGCUUAAUCCCAGGGUUCCUCCUGUCGGAUAUGGUCCUUUACACCAUGAGCCUUGUGGACGACGGUACAGUGUGAGCCACAACCAGGUUGUCUCUUCUUUGUGGAGCUUUGCCUUCAGGAUGGAUGUGAACAGGGGACCACAUAUCCAUGAUAUCCGAUUCCAGGGCCAAAGGAUUGUCUAUGAGCUCAGUGUGCAGGAUGCCAUGUCAGUCUAUGGCUCCAACAGCCCUGGUGGGAUGUCAACCCGAUACAUGGAUGGAAGCUUCGGAAUUGGAAGAUUUACAUAUUCACUGGUCAAGGGGGUCGAUUGCCCUUAUUCUGCCAUUUAUCUCGAUGCUGCCUAUUUAAUUGAAACUUUGGACCCAGAGGUGCAGAAGAAUUCCAUCUGUGUUUUCGAGGAAAAUAUUGGGGCCCCAUUUCGGCGCCAUUACUCCAACCUUCAGUCACUCUUCUAUGGGGGGCUGCCUGGCUCUGCCCUGGUCUUGCGUUCAAUAGCUACCAUGGGAAACUACGACUAUGUCUGGGACUUUAUUUUCCAUAUGAAUGGUGCCAUUGAAAGCAAAGUGCGAGCCACUGGCUAUAUAACCUCAUCUUUCUUCUAUGGAGAUGGGUUGGACUAUGGCAACCGGGUUGGUGAUCGCACCCUUGGAACGAUACAUACCCACCUGAUCAACUACAAGGUGGACUUGGAUGUGGGAGGUGUGAAAAAUUCUCUGGUAACCAAUGAUAUGACCUUUCAGAAAGUGAAGGCGCCCUGGGAUCAAAACCACGAGAUCCACCAGAUGAGGGUGAAAAGAGAAAACCUGGACACUGAGGACAAGGCGGCCUUCCGUCUUCAUGACGACUUUCCCAGACACAUCUAUUUUGCAGCAAAUAGCACAAAUAGGUGGGGGCAUGAACGUGGCUAUCGGAUCCAGAUAUACAGCUUCUCUGGGGACCACCUACCAGAGUCGGAUCCUAUGGAACGAGCCAUCAGUUGGGGCCGGUACAAGCUGGCUGUCACCAAGAGGAAAGAGGAGGAGCCGACUAGCACCUCUGUCUAUAACCAGAAUGACCCCUGGACGCCAACGGUUGCCUUUGCUGAUUUCAUAAACAAUGAGACCAUUUGCAAUGAGGACCUGGUUGCCUGGAUCACUGCUGGCUUCCUGCACAUUCCACAUUCUGAGGACAUCCCCAACACACCAACCGUUGGGAAUGCAGUUGGCUUUAUGUUGAGACCCUACAACUUUUUUGAUGACGACCCUUCCAUGUAUUCUCCUGAUGGUGUUUUCUUCACCAGCAAGCAGGAUCCCACGUCCUGUGAUGUCAACCAUCUUGCCUGCCUACCAAAAGCAGCUGCCUGCAUGCCGAACUUGCCACCUUUCAGUUAUGAGGGCUUCCAAAACCUGACAAGGCUGUGAAUCCCUCUGGACCUUAGUUGGGAGGUGGUGCUCCGGAGACUGGUGGCGAAGAAGCAACUCAACAUGAGUGAGAUCAGUGUGUAACAAGGGCCAUUAGUGCUGAGCUCUGUCCAUCCAGUACACAAACAUUAACCCAUGCAUGCUUGUGCUGUAUAUAUUUGUAUGUUGUACUUACAGAAUUAUCAUUACUCUGUGCUCAGAUGUGCCAGGCAGAUUGUAUAACUGUGAUCUGCUUCUGCCAGCUUGCUGGUGAAAUUUUUCUUCUGACGAUAUUAAGAGGUGUAUCCACACUGUGUAGAUAAAUUAGCUGAGUUAGAAAUAUUUCUUUCCCAGAAACUCUGUGGGCUAUAAUUCUCUGAGAUGAGAUAAGGAUCUCUAGCAAAGACUUGGCACUCUCGCCAAAUGAGGAUUCUUUGAGAAGCAAAGGCUAUUCAGGCCAAGCCACACAAUACGCCCAACAUGUGACAGCUCAUGGGUGUGCAACUGGACAAGCAGACAGAUGUGCAUCGGGGGAGCUCUCCUUUAAAAGUGCUUGUUUGCUUGGUGCUGCAAGCUGGGAGAAGGAAAUUCUAAUUUCCCUCCCUCUCCCAUUUUGCCAGCAGAAAGGGUGGGGAGGGGGGCAUCUUCCCCUUUCCUCUGGCUCCACAUGUUGGGCAUAUCAUAUAGUUACACCCUUAAAGUGGAGCAAAUCCAGUAGGACCCUGUAGGGUAGAUACUUGUAAUCAGAUCCUUGCUAAUGACCUGGGAUUUCCCGGAGUUCAAAAGCUGAAGACAGGCAUGAUCUUUAAGAAAAGUCAGAGAGUGUUCUUCCCCUGUGGUGUGGACUCCAUCCUCCUCCCAUACUGGACUUCGAAAAGCAUGGGCAGGGCACAUUCUCUCAAGAAAGUUGCUUGGUGUGAGCAUCUAGGUUUGACAUACCCUAUCCCUUCUGCUUCAGAUGUGGGCUGCUCACCCUGAAAGAAAUAAAGGAUGCAUAUAUGUUUGUUCAUGUA